AUGAAGCAGGUAAAACCCGAGCCAUUGGCUGGUAAUGAGAUGAAAGAGGAAGAAUCCCUAUCCGAGCACAUCAUCAAUGAAGAAGAUAGUUCGAAAGAAGAACUCAAGAAUGUUUCAACUAGGCUUGCAGCUGAGAACAAUUCUCGACCAGAGAAAUUUGAGGGAAGCGAUACCGUUCAGAAGAACGAUAUUCCUGACGAAAAGACAGUACUCGAAGAGCAAGAAGUUCUAUAUACAUCAUUUUCUAAGUGGGAGAAGAGACUUCUCGUCUUGAUAGCUACAUUCGCCACUUUCUUCUCCCCUUUCACAACUCAAAUUUAUUUCCCGGCUAUCAAUACCAUUGCUGAAGACUUGCAUGUCACCAGCAGUCAAGUAAAUUUGACAGUCACAACUUAUAUGAUUCUCCAAGCUAUAGCUCCGGCUUUCGUCGGUGGAUUCUCGGAUACAGCAGGUCGUCGCCCGGCUUACAUUAUCUGUUUCACGAUUUACAUCAUAUCAAACAUAGCUCUCGCUCUCCAAAACAACUAUGUCGCUCUCCUCAUUCUCCGCAUGGUGCAAUCAGCUGGUGGAUCCGGUACUGUUGCUUUAGCAAAUGCUGUAGUAGCCGACAUUGCCACUUCCGCUGAAAGAGGAAUUUACGUUGGUUAUGCAUCCAUGAUGGCUGGAUUUGCACCCGCAGUCGGUCCUAUUCUUGGCGGUAUCAUAUCCCAAUACACCAGCUGGAAAUGGAUUUUCGGAUUCCUAGCAAUUUUCUCAAUGAUCUUCUUCAUUCCACUACUUCUUUUCAUGCCUGAGACCUGCAGAAAAAUCGUAGGCGACGGAUCAAUACCGCCACCGAAAUGGAGUCGUUCACUCACCAAUUUCCGUAAAGAACAUAAACUUUUAAAGCAGGGUAUUACUCCCGAUUACUCAAAACGCGAUGAAUUGGCCGCAGCCCGGAAAUUACGCUUUCCAAAUCCAUUGGCAACUUUACGAAUAGUAUCGGAGAAAGAAGCGACACUUUUACUAUUUUAUGCCGGAAUUGUCUAUGCAGGUUUCUAUGCCAUCAUUUCCGGAAUGCCUUUUCAAUUCCACGAUAUAUACGGCUUUGACGAUUUAAAAGUCGGUCUUAUGUAUCUUCCCAUCAGUGGUGGAUGUUUCCUCGCCGCUUUCACACAGGGUAAAAUCAUCGACUGGUCUUAUUUCCGGGAAGCUCGUCGCUUAGGAAUCACAGUUGUGAAAUCUAGACAACAAGAUCUAUCUCAUUUUCCCAUCGAAAAAGCACGAUUGCAAGUGGGAUUUCCCAUGAUUUUGCUUGCAAGUUUAAGUACCAUCACCUAUGGAUGGAUAAUGCAUUUCCGGGUAAAUAUUGCAGGACCUUGUGUGAUUUUGGUCGUGCUAGGGUAUACGUUGAUUGCUAGUACGCAGGCUGUUAGUAUUCUAAUUGUAGAUGUUAAUCCUGAGGCUGCAGGGUCGGCGACGGCAGCGUUUAAUUUGGUGAGGUGUUUGUUGGGGGCAGGAAGCACGGCUUUGAUUGUACCGAUGGUGGAUAAAAUGGGGUUGGGGUGGUCAUAUACCUUUAUUGCCUUGUUGUAUGUCGUCUUGAGUCCAAUGUUGUUUGCGGUUAUGAAAUUGGGGCCGGGCUGGAGGAGAGAGAGAGCGGAAAAACAAAGGAUUGGGGAAGAGAGGAAAAAAGACGACGAAGCCGUGAGGGAUGGACAGGCUUAG